ACAAUUUCCGGGCUUUCCACACUGUUUUCCUGAUUCUCCCCCGUAAAAAUCUCAGCUUUCCCAAAUGGGAAACAUGGGCAGUACUAGAGGCAGCUCCUCCCGCCGGAGACACAACCACAAUCGCCAGAGUCACCCUACUCCGCCUCCACCGGCCCCAACACAGCCCGAAAUCUCCGCCAACCGCUACGUCUUCGCCGCCGCGACCCCCUACCCCAACCCCAACCCGGGUCAGUAUUAUCAGUACCCGGGUUACUACCCGGCGGCGCCGCUGCCGGCGCCGUACGAUCACCACCACCGGGUGCCGCAUCCGCAGAUGGACCCGGCGCAGGCGAACUGGGGCGGCGGGAGGUAUCGGUGCGGGCCGGUAAUGCAUGCGCCGACCCCGUACGUGGAGCACCAGAAGGCGGUGACGAUAAGGAACGAUGUGAAUUUGAAGAAGGAGUCUUUGAGGGUUGAGCCGGAUAAAGAAAACUCCGGGAGCUUUUUGUUGUCUUUCUCUUUUGAUGCCACAGUUGCUGGGAGCAUUACCAUCAUUUUCUUUGCAAAAGAAGGUGAGGACUGUAAUCUGACACCGACAAAGUUUAACCUCCUUCCACCUGUGACGGUUCAUUUUCAACAAGGUUUGGGCCAGAAGUUCAAACAACCCCCUGGAACUGGAAUUAACUUUUCAAUGUUUGAUGAGACUGCGCUAAUGAAAGUAGCGGGCUUGGAUGUUUAUCCGUUAGCAGUGAAGGCAGAGGCAUCCCAACCCGAGCAUGAUGGAUCAGAUGGAAACUCUGUAUCUGUGGCAACGAACUCUCAGAUAACUCAGGCUGUAUUUGAGAGGGAGAAAGGUGAGUUUCAGGUGAGGGUUGUCAAGCAGAUUCUUUGGGUGAGUGGGAUGAGGUAUGAACUACAAGAGAUAUAUGGCAUUGGAAAUUCGGUCGAGGAUGAGUCUGAUGGGAACGAUCCAGGAAAAGAAUGUGUCAUUUGCCUGUCUGAACCACGGGACACAACUGUUCUUCCAUGCCGGCACAUGUGUAUGUGCAGUGGGUGUGCCAAGGUUUUGAGAUACCAGACGAACCGAUGCCCAAUUUGCCGACAACCAGUUGAGAGGCUUUUGGAGAUAAAGGUCAACAAUGGUCCAGAGGAAUGAGAGCAUGACCUCUGCCACUAUCAUUCUGUACAUAAUCCUUUUUGGUUUUUUCUUUGGUUCUCCUCUGCAAUUUCAUUUUUGGCUACAAUUGUUUUCAGUGAGUUCAAAAAGGUAUGCUGUAUGAAAUUCGGGCGGUCAACAUCCUGUGUUGUACCAGCUCCAAACACAUGCAAUGAUGUAUGAAUAUAGUGACUAGUCUUAAAUAUACGCCAUCAAUGGUUGGGCUUGGUCGCAAGGCUU